AUGCGCAUCGCCAGCGUCGAAGAUGGGACGUUUUAUGAUGCUCACAUAAACGACGACACUGUCGACCUUAGCUAUACCAUAGAUCGAUACUGGGAUGAGGCCAAGACAAACGAGUUCUACGACAAGCUCCAAGCCAUCAAUAACCGAUGUCCAGCCAACAUUCCAAAUGACAUUUCCUUUACUAAGCUGCCCAUCAAGACUUUCCUGGAGGCUAACUCAGGCAAAGGCUGCGAUCUUCUGUCGACUGACGGACGACGUGACCCCAGUCACGAAGCCACCGCCACGAAUCCAGCAUCUACCAUGCCAACGAUUAUUUCUACCAUGCAGACGCUGGCUAUCGGAUUAAAGCUUGACAUGGUCAGCCAGAAUUUUCACAUGAGCUCGUCCAAAAUCCCGCUUUCCAAGAAGCCGUUUGGUGCUUCCAGGUGGUAG